CGGGAUGGAGACUGGCAGCAGUGGACUAGUGGCGGUGACCCGGAGUGGAGGUGGCGUGAGGCACUUUCUACCCAUCAACACCUCGUGCCACACUGCAACAUCUGCGACACACAAUCCACGCACCCACACGCACCCACGCAUCCGUACACAGGCACGCACACAUGACAGCGAGACCACCACUGCAGACUGAGGUCUUAAUAAACACCUUCCGACUCCUGUGGCGCGACGGCGAGUGAUGUGAAAUCCCAGCGGAGAAAACCAUUAGGAACAGGAUGUAAAAACUUGUGAUUAAUCACGGAAAUUAUUGUGUUCGAAUCGACAAGUGGCUAGAUAAAAGGCGGCUCUGGUCGUUGUGUGAUCAGUUCAUCAUACAAAAUGCCAAGAUAGACCAAAUCAUCCUUGCGUUCGAGAGAUGUUAUUAACGCCUGCAGGAGAGCAAGCAACAGUGUUUCCGCGUGGACACCGUUAUUCAGUGAGCGAGUGGAAACGUAUCAUGCACGGGGAGAACACCUGUUGAAUGUCGAACGCGGAGCCAGGGUAAAAUACAGCGAAUAUGAAGCAACUGCACACCGUUCAAUUCCAUGUCUGCAGACUUUCAUGCGCAUGUUUCUGUGUUUUACGGGGAACAAAAAUGAUAUUCAGUCAAUAAGUCAAGGACAGACGGCGUGGUUACAUCAGAGGCAGCGCUUCUGAAUGUUCUUGCUGGUCCGAAAGAGGGUCAUAAGUAAGUCACGUCAUGCGGACUCAGGAGCAGCGACGAGCCACUGUGGCCAACGUCACCUUCGACAUCCCCAGAAUCACCUGCAGGAGUAAAAAUUUAAGCACUUAAAAAAAAAGGGAGCGGGACAAAGUAAAACGGAAGUCACAGACAAGCGCCCAUUUGUUUCCGUUAACCUGAUCGCCAGCGCAGCGUCACCACGGCCCACCGCCACAUAGCCCGGGAGGAUGAAGCGUGCCGAUGCGCCGUCUUACCCGAGAGGCUUUGCUAAGAACUGGAAGCUUAGACUGAAGCAUCCGUGAAUGUCGGCCACGCGAUGCCAAAAUAAAGAAACCAAAAAACGUAACUAAGCGAAAAAUGAGAACCAUCACUUUCACCGGAGACUGAACAACACAGUAAGAAAAGAGAAAAAGAAGAAAAAAAAGUUUUCGUGCGGAAGUUUAUACGCGAACUGAGAUUGAAAGAAACGAAAAAGUGACGCGUUUCAAGAUGACUUCGGAGACGAACCAACCAAGGGCGCGGCGGGUUUCGAGUCUCACCUUGAUGGAGGCUGAGCUUCUGGAGAUUUGGUCGCGGGUGAAGAACUGGCCGCGGGGCAGCCCGGACAGCAUAACCUCAUCCAUGCAUCGCCCCAGCCACGAUGAUAUACCCGAAGUGUCUCUGUACGGCAAUUAUAUCCACUACAGGGAGUGCGAGGGGCCGGACGUGGAGGUGCAGGCUGAGGGGCCGGGCGUGUUGUCCAAUGGUCGCAGCAGUAUUAGUUCUGUGAGCUUUGACGCUUCGCCACGUAACUCAGACGACUCCCAAGACAGGCGUUUUGAAGCCAUGGCGCGCAACUCGCUCUCUUCCCUCCAGCAUCGUCGUCAAUCUACCGCCUCCGCCUUCAUCAGAGAGCCUCUCGAAGCCAACACCGACGACCGUAACUGGUCAUGGAGCUACCUCAGGGAGAGGUUCCGUGUCAAGGACCUGGAGGAACUUUUUGACCAGUACCAGCUACGGAUCCACCACGCCAUGCUCAUCAACUACCUCCUGAUUCAGCUUUGCGUCUCCAUCACCUUCAUCAUCACCCUCCUCACCGGCGAGCAUGUUAUGGAGGAGCUGGUGCCCGAGCUGACUGGUCACGUGGCCGGCCUGGUGGUGUGCGUAUCGCUACUCAUCUACGUGUAUAACGAGCACACCUUCCGUCAGUAUCCUCGCCUCCAUAUCAUCAUGUCGGGACUCGUUAUCCUCACGCUCUUCGCUACAGAUGUCGCCAUUACCCUCUUCUUCAAGGACAACCGUUUUCCCGACAGCGAACACUACAACAUUAAGUCUGGCAACAUGGUGUACCUGCUGCUUGUGGUGUACGUGUUCCUGCCAAUCUCACACAAGUGGCAGACGGUGGUGCUGGCAGGCCUCCUCACCGCCGGGGAUCUCGCCCUCACCUACUACGCCAUCAGCACCGGCCACCUGGAAACAGAACACGAGCACAUCGUUACAAAGAUGUGCGUGGAUACUGCCAUCCUCCUCUGCAUAAAUCUCCUGGGGAUUUACUGGCGGUUCAUGAGUGAAGUGGCUUUCAGACGGGCCUUCCUCGACAAGCGCGGCAGUCUGGAGUCUAAGUUUAAAGUGGAGGCCGAGAAGAAGCAGGAGGAGAAUCUUCUGCUGAGUAUUCUUCCCAAAAAUAUAAUGCAGCAAGUAAAGGCAGACUUCCGUAAUAUGAUUGAAAGGACCAUCUUCAACGCCAAUCCGGUCACCAAGAACAAUCCCUUUCCAAACUUGUACAUCAAUCAUCAUGAAAUGGUAUCCAUCUUAUACGCUGACAUCGUGAACUUCACGGUGCUCACGACCAGGCUGAGUCCCGAUCAGCUGGUGGUGAUGCUCAAUGACCUCUUCGGCAAGUUUGACGACGCUGCUGAGGUAAACAACUGCCUUCGAAUCAAACUGCUUGGAGACUGUUACUAUUGUGUGUCGGGUGUGCCGGAGUUCAACAAGGACCACGCCAACAACUGCGUCAAGGUCGGCCUGGAGAUGAUCGACAUCAUACGCGAAGUGAGAGAGAUGAGGAAAGUGAAUGUGGACAUGCGCAUCGGGAUCCACAGCGGCAGCGUUUUGUCGGGUUUGAUCGGCGUAAGGAAAUGGCAGUUCGAUGUGUGGAGCAACGCUGCCACCAUUGCCAACCAUAUGGAGCAGACGGGCUCAGCAGGUCGGAUUCACGUGACCCACAAAACCCAGCAGCUCAUCAAUGAUUUGGACUACGAGUUCGAGAUGAGCGACGCGAAGGAGAAGGACCCGCUGCUGCAAGAAGAGGAUAUCGAAACUUUCUUCCUUAUUCCCAACCAGAGGCGACCAAAGACAAGGCGGGUCCACCACAUGUCGACAGCGAACAUCAAGACUCCCAUGUCCAUCUCAAAUGAUUCCUCAAAACUAGAUAACUUUUAUGAAGGCAACGUACCCAAGAGAGUGGCUAAGGUGCAGCUUCCUCAGGGAGUGUCCAGACCCUCCAUCCUCAAUAGGAGACGAUCAACUGUCUCGGAAACUCCCCUGUCCUCUAAAAGGCGAACAGUGGUGACGGACACUGCCCUCACCAACUUCCAGAGAAUAAUGGUGGACUCCAGGGCGACAAUGGAAAGAGAAAUAGAGACCAUGCCUCUGCGCAAAACUGACCAGUGGUUCCAUCCUGAGGGUAUCAAUCCCUUCUUCCUGAAUUUCACCAACCGCUACUGGGAGCUACCGCUGCUGCGCCAAGCCGACCCGCUCUUCAAAUACUACAUCGCCUGCGCCGUAGUGGUCUUCGUCUCCAUAUUUGUUACGCAGCAGUCACUGAUGCCCGGGAACUCCCUAGGGUGGCGGACGGGUGUCGGGUGCCUGAUACUCCUGAGUGUGGUGAUGCUGCUAGUCUGGGUUGCCACCAUACACCAGCACAUUGUGGAUCCUCACAACGACCUCGAGGAAGAAGCCAAAAAUCGCUUCGCCAUCACCAAAUUCUUCUACUGGUCCUCCAAGAACAUAAUUUCGUCUAUAAGUGUACGGGUGCUGCUGUACCUGGCGGUGUGCACUGCUUUAUACACCUGUGCAGUCAUUAAUGUGGUUGAGUGUGAAAACAUACUGGAUAUGGCCAUAAGUACCUUGAGUGACACAAGCAACUCCACUAAAGUCCCCCUCAUAGUCAAUGGAUCCAGCGGGUUCUUGAAUCCCGAGAACGUGCCGCCCCCUCUCUGCUGCGACCCUUGGUAUUUCACUUACAGCACCUCCCUCACUCUCCUCGUGGCUUGGACCUUCUUCAGGAUGCACUUCUUUCUCAAGUUUUCGGUCUACCUACUCGCAGUGUCAAUAUAUGGCUACUUCAUCUUUGACUUUGCCGAAAUAAUGUACAACCAUACCCAGCUGACCGAAGUGUGUCCCUCGCUGGUGGUGAUAAGUCUCGGCCUCAGUCCUGGCAUGGGCCAUCUGUUGUUCCUGAUCAUGAUCUUUCUGGCUCUCCAUGUGCUUGAUCGCCAGAUGGAGUACAUCAUUCGGCUGGACUUUCAGUGGAAGCAGCAGCUGGAAAAGGAACAGAAGGAAGCAGAGACGACGCAUUAUGCUAACAAACUGCUUCUACAAAACAUCCUUCCACUCCAUGUUGCUGAGAGGUACCUGAACCGUCAGAACGCUACGGACGAACUCUACCAUGAAUCUUUCAAGAACGUGAGCGUCAUCUUUGCCUCCAUCCCCAACUAUAGCAAGUUAUAUCGAGAGCACAUGUUUGAUGAGGACGGCACCAAGUGUCUUAAAGUCCUCAAUGAGAUUAUCUCUGACUUUGAUAUGCUGACAUACGAGGAGCCGUUUAAAACCAUAGAGAAGAUCAAGGUUGUGGGCAGCACGUACAUGGCAGCGUGUGGACUUCAGCCUGAAGGUGACGAGCUCAACGAGGAGGAGAGGAGUAUGGAAGAGAAUGCGUCCACCAUUGCCAAGUUUGCUGUGGCCAUGCUCGAGAAACUGGAGAACUUCAAUGCUGAGUCCCUUCAAGAGUUACAGCUGAGAGUGGGCAUCAACGCGGGGCCGGUGAUCGCCGGUGUGGUCGGAGCACAUAAGCCCAUGUACGACAUUUGGGGAGACACGGUCAACGUGGCCUCUAGGAUGGACUACACGGGUGAAAUGGGAAAAAUACACGUGACAGCUCAUGUGGGUGACAUCCUUCAGGGAUUGGGCUGGAGUGUGGAAUGUCGGGGGGAGAUCAAGGUGAAGGGAAAAGGUUUCAUGAAAACCUAUUAUGUGGAUCCCAAGAGCGCUCCGAAAGACCCUCAGCCGCUGCAUCCUCCCGACACUCCCAGCAACAACAACAACAACCAUAAGCACCGUAAAUCUAGUCAAGACACGACGGGCGAGAGGCGAAGAAGCAGCCAGCUGAGCCUGAUGUCCAUUAAGGGAUUCCUCUCGUCCCAUAGAGGUAGCAUGGAUAUAGAUACAAGCAAAGAAGCAGACACACACAGCACUCGGUCCCUCCCAAUAUACAAACCGAUAAAGAACGAGAAUGAAACUCCUCAGAAGUGGGAAAUGGAGGGGUAUGGAUCAGCAGGUACGACUCCACGCAGCAGUUUUGACUCCAAAGAUUCUGGAGUGGUAAAGGGCAGCUACCGUCCCUCCUACCCUUCCCCUGUGGCUGAAGAGGCAGAGUGGGCAUCGGCCGCUACCACUUCGCUGCAAAAAGACCACAACAAACCUUCUGACUCCACGACACAGGCAUCAGCCGGUCAGGAUUCGCUGAGAAGAUUUAAUAAUAAUGAAAUCUUAAAACAGUUAGUUAACUGUAAAGCAAAACACUAUUUCUCCCACAAGAGAAAUAGUAAUUCAUUUCCUGACCUAUCACGAAUGAGAACCACGGAUUCCAAGGAUGUGAGAAACAGUUUCACUCUCGGGGCUUCACGGAAAGGUUUAAAAUCUUCUAUAGGCAAAACAUGCCCAGACGUGAGACACACGCAGAACCGUUUAUUAGCACGGUCUUCUCCACACACCUCCAUCACAGUGGAUUCUGACGAAGUGCAAAGUGUGUGGUUGUGAAUGCUGGCCUAAGCCUUUUGAUAUACAUUGUGUGAUAUUACGUGUUUAUGUUCCUAAUAAAUUUAUUUCAAGUACCACUAGAAAUGAACAAGACACUGUAAAAAUGUAUAAAAAGUGUAUAUUUUCUGAUGUAGGACGUUUUAAUAUAAUGAAAGAUACCCAUGUGACGUGCAAAUACGUACGAGUGAUCCAGUCACUGCUAAGUGACUGGAUUCCUCUAUAAAGGAAUGAAUCAAAGACUGUGGUCUUAGAAAAUUGCUUGACAAUGGGCGAAUGAGACUUUUCAGGUGAGGAAAAGGAAUGUAGAAAAUUCUAAGAAUUAUAUUUUCAUCUUACAAGGCUUUACUGAUAAAAUUACAACCGUUUCACUUACGAAGGAACAUUAUUGAAAAGAUAGAACUUCCCGCAGAAAAAUUUUGUACCAUAGCCACCCUCACUUAUAUUCUUUCCUUCCUUUACUGAAAGUCUUGUGUUCGAUAAACAAUGAGUCUCCUUAUAUGUUAUAGAUUUAUUGCAUCUUAUGUACAUAUUGUAAAAUCAGAGUUUUAUAUCCACGUGUGUGUGCAUGUGUGUUUGAGAGAGAGAGA